UUGUAAUACUUUAUUUGGCUAUUUGAAAAAAAAAUUUUUUGACACCAUUAAUUUGGAAAUUGUAAAGUUUGUUUCAAAGUUCUUCUAUUUUGUGUUCGUUUGAACAAAGAUAUUCAUUUUUUUCGUUGUUGUUGUUGUUGGAAAAUUUGGACCGUAAAGUUUUUUUUCUUUGACCAAAAAAACAAACGAUAAAAAUGGACGAUAUAUUUCAUUGGUGUAAAGAUGGUAAUGCGUUAUUGGUUCGUGUAUGGUUGGAUGAUAUUGCCAAUGAUAUGAAUCAAGGCGAUGAUCAUGGAUUUUCACCAUUACAUUGGGCAGCAUUUUCCGGUCAUCUUUCACUUGUUGAAAUGUUAAUCGCUAAAGGUGCUCGUCUAAAUGCAACCAAUAUGGGUGAUGAUACGGCAUUACAUUUGGCUGCAGCACAUGGUCAUCGUGAUGUUGUUAAUUUAUUAAUUAAAAAUCGUGCAGAUUUUAAUCUAUUAAAUGAACAUGGUAAUACACCACUUCAUUAUGCAUGUUUCUGGGGUUAUAAAGAUGUUGCUGAAGAUUUAAUCAAUUCGGGUGCAAUAUGUAAUAUUACAAAUAAAUAUGGUGAAAUUCCAUUUGAUAAAUGUAAAGCAAUUCUUCGUGAAGAUCUUGAACAAUUAGCAAUGCGUAAUGGUCAAGAUUUAUCAAGAAAAUUUCCCUAUAAAGAUCAAGCCUGGUUUGGUACAACUAAACGUUCACGUGAUGCAACAUUAUCCAGAUUUGCUGGAUUAAAAUUAGAGGAAUUAUUAUUACAACAAAAAAUGUCCACAACACCAUCGGGUGAAACAUGGCGUGGUAUAUGGCAACGAAAUAAAACAGAUAUUUGUGCCAAAUUUUUAGCCGUUUCGGGUGAAAUGUCACCAAGAAUACCGCGUGAUUUUGCCGAAGAAUAUCCACGUUUAAGGAUUUUCUCACAUCCAAAUGUUCUACCGGUAAUCGGUUGUGUUAAUUCACCACCAAAUUUGGUAGUUGUCAAUCAAUGUAUGCCAUAUGGAUCAUUAUAUAAAGUUUUACAUGAAGGUUCACCAAUUGUUGUUGAUUCACAACGUGCAUUACAAUUUGCAAUCGAUAUUGCACGUGGUAUGUCAUUUUUACAUACAUUAAAUCCAUUGAUACCUCGUUUCUAUCUUUCAUCUAAACAUGUUAUGAUCGAUGAAGAUCUAACUGCACGUAUCAAUAUGGCGGAUGCAAAAUUUUCAUUUCAAGAAAAAAAUAAAUUCUAUAAUCCAGGUUGGAUGUCACCCGAAGCAUUACAAAAAAAACAUAGUGAAAUUAAUAUUGCUAAAUCAGAUAUGUGGUCAUUUGCAAUAUUAUUAUGGGAAUUAACAACAAGACAGGUACCAUUUGCUGAAUUUCCACCAAUGGAAAUCGGUAUGAAAAUUGCCUUGGAAGCAUUACGUGUAUCAAUACCACCGGGUAUAUCACCACAAAUGGCAAGAUUAAUAAAAAUUUGUAUGAAUGAAGAUCCAGGAAAACGGCCAUCAUUCGAUCAGAUAAUACCAAUUCUGGAAAAGAUGCGACUUUCAUGAUCGUUUUUUUUUUGUUUCCAAUUAAAAUCUGACUGCCAGUCUUCACUCCCCUCAUUUACACACAUACACCCCGGUAAAUCAAAGAUUUGGAAAACAAUCUCGAUAUAG